CACAGGACUUCGCUUCGGGAGGUCUUCCCUCGUUGUCCGAGAGAAGCUCGGCGCUGCAGCGCAAUGGUGGUUGAAGGGGAGCUGCUGGUGGCCCAUAUUCGUCGGAAGGAUGCCCGCGGCUCGCCGCCGACGGUGCUCGGUUUCCAGCCCGCCGCCCUUGUUGACCAUGUGGCGCGCGUCGAUUGGUCCCUUCUCGAACAAAUCCCCGGCGAUCGCGGUGGAUCCCAGCAGGUUGCAAUUGAGGAGUUAAAUCAUAUACUUGGCGAAGUGAAUGCUCAAAUUCUCCCAUGCAUCAACGGCUUCUCUCCCAUAAGGACAAUAGCUGGGGGGAGUGUUGCAAAUACAAUCCGGGGUCUGACCGCUGGUUUUGGUGUCUCGAGUGGCAUAAUAGGUGCUUGUGGUGAUGAUGAGCAAGGCUGUUUGUUCAUCCACAAUAUGAAGUUUAGUGGUGUGGACCUCUCGAGAUUAAGAAUGAAGAAGGGGCCCACUGGUCAGUGUGUAUGUUUAGUUGACGCUGAAGGUAACCGUACUAUGCGGCCCUGUCUAUCAACUGCAGUCAAGCUUCAAGCUAAUGAGUUAGCAAGAGAAGAUUUUAAAGGCUCAAAGUGGUUGGUAUUGAGAUAUGCGUUUUUCAAUGUGGAACCGAUCAAAACGGCAAUUAAGUUGGCUAAACAAGAGGGUCUUUCUGUUUCCUUGGAUCUAGCAAGUUUUGAGAUGGUUCGAGAUUCUAGGCCUCACCUCAUAGAGCUUCUGGAGACUGGCAAUAUAGAUCUUUGCUUUGCCAACGAGGAUGAAGCAAGAGAGCUUAUUCGGGGAGACCUGCAAUCUGAUGCGGAAGCUGCUCUAAAUUUUUUGGCCAAUCACUGCAAGUGGGCUGUGGUUACACUUGGUCCUAGAGGGUGUAUAGCAAAACAUGGCAAAGAGAUUGUUAGAGUCGCUGCCACUGGAGAAGCACCUGCUGUAGAUGCCACGGGAGCCGGUGAUCUCUUUGCUAGCGGUUUUCUAUAUGGAUUGGUGAAAGACCUUCCAUUGGAAGACUGUUGCAAGUUAGGCUCUUGUAGCGGAGGUUCUGUUGUCCGCUCUCUUGGCGGUGAAGUGAGGCCGGAGAAUUGGCAGUGGAUGCGCGAACAAAUGCAGAACAAAGGCCUUUCACUUCCCAAUUUUUCCGAAUGACAUUUCUUACUCCACCAGUAUCUAUUUAGUUACCAGUAAUUCUGUCUGCAGUGGUGGCAUAAUGAUGCAUGUUAGAGAACAGUUCAAAAGGAAUACCACUAGGAAAUACCAAAUGUUGUCAAAAUGGAUUGCUAUCAAUUCUUUCAUUUGAACUUUGUAAUUCUGCAUCAAUUAUUGAUUAUCACGGAUGGAAAAUAUUCUGCAUUUCUGAUUGAGUUUAUGUAACUUCGGAUCUUGAUUUA